UUUUUAAAUAAAUGUUAGUGUUCUAUUUAAUUUAUGGGGUAAAAACCUUAAUUAGGUCAGUGGAAGUGAAGAUAUCGCAAAAUCUAUUUUUACGUUAUCAUUUACCACUUCCACGCAAAUGUUUGAUAUAUAACACAUAAACACUGCAUCGUUACAAUUAUUUCGUCCAGUUCCACUAUUUAUCAUUGAAAUCAUGGAGUACAUUCUCGUAGUCGAAUUUGAAUCUCCAAGCGAGGUUACAUCUAAAAUUAUGAAUCUACCACUAACGCAUCUAAUUCAACUGGAAAGUCAUUUUCAAAACUUGAAUGUUUUGUGCAAAAGAAUACAAGAUGAAAUGUUCGAAGUAGAUGUGGAAGGUGUUAAAAUAUUGAAUGUUCUCGGAGGAUCUUCAUUCUGUUACAGAGUGGUAAGCCAAUCCAUGGCAAUUGAAGAAACAGUCAUUGGAGGAGGAACAGUUAAAAUCCAAAAAACUAUUUGGACGUUGGGCAAAGAAAAAAUAAGUGAAUAAUAAACACUUCAAAAAUUU